CGGGCGAGCGGUCCACCGCGGUGUUCUGUGGGAUACAGGCGGUGCUUGCCUCUUCUCCUGGGUGCGGAUCGCCGCCGCCGCCGCCGCCGCCGACGAAGCGCACAGGGCGAGUGAGGGAAGGGGACGAGAGCCGAGCGGGGCAUGAAGAUGGCGGACGCCAAGCAGAAGCGGAACGAGCAGCUGAAGCGCUGGAUCGGCUCCGAGACCGACCUGGAGCCGCCCGUGGUGAAGCGCAAGAAGACGAAGGUGAAGUUCGACGACGGAGCCGUCUUCCUGGCCGCCUGCUCGAGCGGGGACACCGAGGAGGUGUUGCGCCUGCUGGAGCACGGCGCCGACAUCAACUACGCCAAUGUGGACGGACUCACCGCGCUGCACCAGGCUUGCAUAGAUGAUAACGUAGAUAUGGUGAAAUUUCUGGUGGAAAAUGGAGCCAGUAUUAAUCAACCUGAUAAUGAAGGCUGGAUUCCUCUACAUGCGGCUGCUUCCUGUGGAUAUCUUGAUAUAGCUGAAUAUUUAAUUAGUCAAGGAGCACAUGUAGGAGCAGUAAAUAGUGAAGGAGACACUCCAUUAGAUAUUGCUGAAGAAGAGGCGAUGGAGGAAUUGCUUCAAAAUGAAGUGAACCGACAAGGGGUCGAUAUAGAGGCAGCUCGGAAAGAAGAAGAACGGAUAAUGCUUAGAGAUGCAAGGCAAUGGCUUAACAGUGGUCAUAUAAACGAUGUUCGGCAUGCAAAAUCGGGUGGUACAGCACUUCAUGUAGCUGCUGCUAAAGGGUAUACGGAAGUCUUAAAGCUUUUAAUACAGGCUGGUUAUGAUGUAAAUAUUAAAGAUUACGAUGGCUGGACACCACUUCAUGCGGCUGCUCAUUGGGGUAAAGAAGAAGCAUGUCGAAUAUUAGUGGAAAACCUAUGUGAUAUGGAAGCUGUCAAUAAAGUGGGUCAAACAGCAUUUGAUGUAGCAGAUGAAGACAUUUUAGGAUAUUUAGAAGAACUACAAAAGAAACAAAAUAUGCUUCAUAGUGAAAAAAAGGAAAAGAAAUCACCGCUAAUUGAAUCUACAGCCAAUAUGGACAAUAAUCAGACCCAAAAGCCAUUUAAAAAUAAAGAGACUUUGAUCAUUGAACAAGACAAGAAUGCAUCUAACAUUGAAUCUUUAGAACAAGAAAAAGUGGAUGAAGAGGAAGAAGGAAAGAAAGAUGAGUCCAGUUGCUCCAGUGAAGAAGAUGAGGAAGAAGACUCAGAAUCUGAAGCAGAAACAGACAAGAACAAACCUGCAACAAAUAAUUCAAAUGCUAUCAGUGUGCAGACAGCUCCCAUAGCUGUGACAACACCUUCUGUUACUACUGGUCAAGUGACACCUACAUCCCCUAUUAAGAAGUAUGACUUCCUUGCUCCUGUCAUGCCUGUGGCGGACUCUGUAGAUCCUGCAUCAUGGAGGCAGGGCUUACGUAAAACUGGCAUUGUUCUUGUGCCCAGUAAAGGUGAAAAGUCUCUGUUUCCAACUUCAUCUAAAGUUUCUCCCAAAGAAGAUGAGAGAAAAGAUGAGUCUCCUGCAUCUUGGAGAUUAGGUCUUCGAAAGACUGGCAGUUAUGGGGCACUUGCAGAGAUUACAGCUAGCAAAGAAACUCAAAAAGAAAAGGAUUCAACAGGUGUUAUGCGGUCAGCCUCAAGCCCUAGAUUGUCAUCUUCAUUAGACAACAAGGACAAGGAGAAAGAUACAAAAGGGACUCGACUUGCAUAUGUUGCACCCACAAUUCCAAGACGAUUGGCCAGUACGUCUGACAUUGAAGAGAAAGAAAACAGGGAUACAUCAUCCAGCUUAAUACGUGGUACUGGUUCUUAUACAAGAAGAAAAUGGGAAGAGGAUGCAAAGAAAAAUAUUUCAAAUGAAGGAUCUGUACCACUAAAUACAAGCUAUCAAAGAAGUGGUUCCUUUGGUAGAAGACAAGAUGACUUGAUUAGUUCUAGUAUUCCAAGUAUUACUUCAGUAUCAACAGUUACCUCCCCAGCUGGUCUUCAGAAAAGCCUGCUUUCUGGCACAAGCACUGCUACAAAAGUUGCAACGGGUUCAGCAACAGCAGGAGUACAAAGCAGUACCUCAAAUCGUUUAUGGGCUGAGGAUAGUACUGAGAGAGACAAAGACAAUGUUCCUACAGCAGUGACCGUUCCUGUUGCACCAUCAGUUAUAAAUACUGCGACUACUACCACGGCCUUGACUACAACUACUUCUGGCACUGUGUCCUCAACUUCAGAGGUCAGGGAGAGACGCAGAUCAUACCUCACUCCAGUUCGGGAUGAAGAAUCUGAAUCCCAAAGAAAAGCUAGAUCGAGACAAGCAAGGCAGUCCAGAAGAUCCACACAGGGUGUAACACUGACUGAUCUUCAGGAAGCUGAAAAAACUAUUGGUAGAAGUCGUGCCACCCGACCUAGAGAACAAGAGAAUGAGGAAAAAGAAAAGGAGGAAAAAGAAAAACAAGACAAAGAAAAACAGGAAGAAAAAAAGGAAUUGGAAGCUAAAGAUGAUGAUUAUAGGCAAAGAUACACACGAACUGUUGAGGAGCCUUAUCAUCGAUAUAGAACUACAUCUUCAACUACUUCAUCAACGUCUUCAAUUGCCACCUCUUCUAGUUCUCUCUCUUCAAGCCAGUUAAACAGACCAAACAGCCUUAUAGGUAUAACUUCUGCUUAUUCCAGGAGUGGAGCAAAGGAAAGUGAGAGAGAAGCUGGAAAGAAAGAAGAAGAAAAAGAAGAAGAUAAGUCACAGACAAAAUCAAUAAGGGAAAGAAGACGGCCAAGAGAAAAACGAAGAUCAACUGGAGUUUCUUUUUGGACUCAAGAUAGCGAUGAAAAUGAUCAAGAGCAUCAGUCUGACUCAGAGGAGGGAACAAAUAAAAAAGAAGCUCAGGGUGAAAGCCUUUCAAGAUACGACUCAGGAUCAACAGGAGACCGUUACGAUUUAGUACUAGGACGGACUGGAUACAGUUACUUGGAAGACCGCAAAUCCUAUUCCAGUAAGCUAGAUAAAGAAGAUACAACAGAUUUUAAAAAGCUUUAUGAACAGAUUCUAGCUGAAAAUGAGAAACUGAAAGCACAGCUACACGAUACCAACAUGGAGCUGACGGAUCUUAAGCUACAGUUGGAAAAGGCAACUCAGAGACAAGAAAGAUUUGCUGACAGGUCUCUGCUAGAAAUGGAAAAAAGGGAACGAAGAGCUCUAGAAAGGCGAAUAUCUGAAAUGGAAGAGGAACUCAAAAUGCUACCAGACCUGAAGGCAGAUAACCAGAGGCUAAAAGAUGAAAAUGGGGCCUUGAUCAGAGUUAUAAGCAAGCUUUCCAAAUAAAACUGUUUAUUCCAGCUGCAGAUCAUGGGAUUGCACAUAAUUGGUAACUCCAGUGGACCAUAGCAUGGCAGUCACUGGAAGCCUGGGAAGAUUUCUUGGAGACUGUCAUUUUCAGAUAUCCUGCCAAAUGCCCUCUUACCUGGGUGUUUUAUUUUUUACAAAGAUCAAUGUUUCAUGUGUUAAAGCAGCUGCUGAGAAGACAUAAUGACUGAGAAAUCUCGUUUACAGCUAAUGCAUAUAAGGAAAGUGUUCAAGGCCAGAUAAGCCUCAGAUAUUUAACCAGUAAGCCUUAGUUGUACAUAUAAACACUUGCAUAAAAAGAAAGCUUUCUGCUAUCACAGACAAUUACUUUAUUUUGUUGUUGUGUCAUGGUUGCUGGUUUUUUUCUAUCCUGCAAUUUUUUUCUUUUACAUCUAAGUUUGGAAUUGUGUGUGUUCCCUUCUAAUUAUUCGUGUACCAGAUUCCCACCCCCUUGUACAGUGUUUUCACAGCUUUACAUUGACAGAGACCACACCCCUUUAAAAAUACAACUUGUGUAGCUAACUAAGCCUGUAUUGUCCAGCCAGCCAGCCAGCCAGCCCAAAACUGAGGUUUGGUGGAACAAUUGCUUUCACUGUUGUGCAAUAUGCAUUUAUUUCCUAUAAAAGAUGCUUUAAAAGUCAGUUGAAAGUAGAUUGGUUAUUUUAAGACUCCUGUUUUCUGCCUUUAUUGGUCACUUUUUUAAAAAAGAAAAAGAAAAAAGAAAAAGGUUUGUAGUGCAAGAUGUUAGAUCCUGUAACCGUCACAUUCAUUUUAGCAGGUACUGAGUGAUGCUGUAUAUAUUAAUGUGUAUUGUUUGGAUUUUUCAGACCACCACAUGACAUGCUUGAAUAUAUUUCCCUAUUGCAAAAUAUGUGUUAAAGCAAAUUAGACUGCUCCAGAAUAGUGUUCAAUGCAGUCCAUUAACUUUUACAAGCUUAAAGAAUUUAGAAAUUGUACAUUGUAAUGGAGCCACUCUUGAAAAAAGUUUAAACUAUAAAAUAUUUUUAUCUUUCCUUCCCAUUUUUCAUUUGAGUAAUGUUCACCCAUAAUUACUUUACCACAUUUCACAUACCUGUGUUUGAGUGCUGUCCAAAAUUGUUGUGCUAGCCAAAGUAAUCAAAGUCAUUUUGAAAGACCUAACUUGUUACACGUUUAUAUGCACUGCUAUUGCCAUGUGAAGAGGCAUCUAAGUUGAUACCACCAUUAUGUCAGACCAUUUUAUACAUUUCAGUGGCCUUUUAUAAAAUACUCCAGUGAAGAUAGCUUUUGUUAGAAAACAAACAGCUUUUAUAUUUUCACUCAGUCCUAAUAAAUAAAACCAUCUUUCCGGCCUACAAACUAUUGCCUAAAAACCACUGAAAAGUUCAGCCAUUAAAAUAAAUUGUACAUUGUAAAGCUUGUAGUAGCUAUUGUAUUAUUGAUUAUAUUGUAUACUAUAUUAAAUGUGAAUUUGUACCCCUUCAUUUUAAAAGGUCAUUGUGUUCUACUGCCUACUUCUUGGGGCUGGGAAUUGCUUCAUUUGGGUGAGAGGAGGGGAAAGAAUAUUUGGGUUGAGGAGGACACAAGUCUCUUCAGGGUUGGGUGUUUUUUUGGGGGGAGGUAUUUUUGAAGAUGUAAGGUUUUGCUCUUACUACCAAGCUCAGGAUUAUUGAUUUUAAAGGUACAAGGAUAGUUCUUGGAUAUCUUGUUACAGUUGGUCUGCAUGAGUAACAAGUUUGAAGAUGGACAUCUUUUGUGGUCUUAAGCUAAUACAAGAUAAAGAAGAGAAUUGAUCCAUCUGAGUGGCUACAACAUGCUAAAUAGUGUUGUGGAACAGUUAGGCAUACUGUGGAUUAUAUUUGGUAAAGAUUUGAAUGCCUGUGAAUGAUUGAUGUGUAUCUAAUAUUUUAGUGUUUUAUAUAUAGGUUAUUUAUUCUUUAAAAACUGAAUGGCUACUGUGUUGCGUUGAUUUAUUGGUAGUAUUGAGCAGACCUUGCAUCUGCAUGAAACUACUUGCAAAACCCACUAUUUUGCAA